AUGUAACAGUAGAUGAGUAAGAGUAAGCCAGGCAGUCAGGCAGGUCUCUCCUCUAAGUUUGGAGCCAACACCAGAAGUGGCAUGGCUAAUGCUGCUGGGGCAGUGCGAGCUCUCCACCCAGAAGAUGACUGGGAGUUGACAGGCAACCCCACUAACUACUUAGACUAGCUACCUUAACCUUUCAGAUUCGUUAAUCAAUGUCUUGAUUUGAUGAUAAUGAAACCAGUCUUUAAUAGAAUCACAUAGAUCGAAGAGCAUAAGAAGACUCCAGAGUACGAGGGCUUCCUACGUGAGAUUCAGGCUACAGGCUUCCUUGACUAGGAAGGCAUCACUUAGAUGUCUCAGUCAGCUAUCCCUGUAGGCCCAGGUGGUGUAUUAGACAAAGAUGGUUACUAAUUCAUUUCAAAUAAAGUGAUUAUUGGAGACAAGUAUGGACAGGUCAUUCUUUUCGAUGCUAGUCGCAAAAUGAUCCUAGAUAAGAAGCAACUGUGGGGUGGAGUUGAUCCUACUACCAAUUAAUAAACACAUCCCCGCAGAAUACAGCAUAUAAGCAAUUGCUCAAUUACAUGGCUAGAUACAAAGCUAACUUAUGUAAGUGUGAUAGCUAGAGGUUCUCCUUUUGUUAGAAUACUGGUUUUUAAACACAAUGAGAACAAGCUAAUUCAUCUAUACAAUAUCAACGUUUCUCCAGCACUUGCUAAUCCAGAUAACCUAGAAAUGAAUCCAGAUCAGAGCUAUUUUGAUUUGCCUUGUGAAACUAAAUUGUCUAUGGAUAAUCAAUUCCUCACAGUCACUAAAUUCAAUGGAGAAGUUAAAUUGAUUAAGAUGCCAGCUGUUAUCAACCCACUAAGAGAUGACGAUGUAGCUUAACCCCCUCCUCAAGCAGCUCCUACAGGCAAAGGAUCUGUAUAGCCCCCAGUUUAAAAUCUUAAUAAUAUUCCCAGCAGUGCUACUUUAGAGGAGAAAACAAACAUUAAAACUGAUAUUGAUAGUAUUCCUCUUUAGACUUUAGAACUAGCUCAAGUCCUCAUAGCAAAGAUUGAAGCAAGAAAGGAAUCAAGAUUUAAAGAUCCUUUCCUUUUGAAAUAAUACCCAGAAGGAGCAACUGAGGAGUAAAUGGCUUAACUUGAUAUUCAAAACUCAACACAGCCCUUGCAAAUAACUCAUAAUCAGCCAGUUCAGUAGUUCAAGUAUCUUUUAGGCAAUAUGGCUGACAGAUAAAAAGAUCCAGACGGAGGAGAUGCUGGAGUAGUUUGUAAAAGAUCCAAAAUUUAUCCUAUUGUUCACUUUAUAAGAACUAAGUAUUGCAAUAAGCCAAUUAAUUCCAUUGGAGAAAAUCAAGGCGCAACUGCCAAGCAAGUCAAAGAAUAUUUCAUAACAACUGGACUUGUGAUUGCCUACCAAGGAUUAUUUGAUGUUUAAGUCUACAACAUUUAAAGAGCAUCAAAGGAAAAAGUUCAUCCAGACUACACUAUGGAGUACUUCAACAAACUUAUAAUGCAGAGAAAGCUGAAUGCGAAGAAAAAGGUUGAAAAGAACCUAGCCUCAUUGAUAAAAACAGUCAGAUAAAAAGAAGAUGCAGCAUAGUAACAGAAAACAUAGUAGUAGUUGCUUGAGUAAGAGAUGGCUUUGCUUAAGGAAUCGAUGUCUAAGAGUGUCAAGUCAUUUAAAAUGCCCUACUAGAUAACAUGUGUAGCUUUCCAAGCUGCUGAAAACAACUUUUAAGUACUUGCAGUUGGUUUAGUUGAUGGAGCAAUCCUACUUAUUGAUAUGGUUUUGGGGUUAGAGAGAAAAUUCUUAGAGAAGCAUCCAGCUGAAAUCUCAGCUUUAGCUUUUUGGGAUGAUAAGGUUCUAAUCUCAGGCUCAAUUGAUGGGCGUGUAAACAUUAAUGAUCUUGAAGAGGAAUUCUAAUAAUAACAACAAGCAGCAGUGCAUAACCCAACAGAACCACCUCAGAAAAUCAAUAAGUGCUAAAACUGUUAAGACAGGCGCAUCCCAGUGGCAAGAGCUAUGACUUGUGACUAUGGUAUCGGAGCUGUUGUUGACAUUGAAGGCAACUGCAGAUUUUACGAUUUGAUCAGAUUUAGAAAGAUGGCAAAGGUAUCAUCAUUCAACUCUAGAGACAGUGAUGCUAGAUUCGUGUAGAACAAGUGCAAAUGGAGAAUGGUACCUCACAUUGCAAUGGAGAUGACCACUGAUGUUUUCCUAGCUGUGACAUAACCCCCUGAAGUUCAUGAUGACUCUUAAAAGCCUCAUUUGAAAACUGAGAAGGACAUAUUAGUUGAUAAGAAAUACUCAGAUGUCAAGGAAAACCUAAGAUCUCUAAAUUAUAUACUCAAUCUAGAAGCAGAUGAGCUGCCAUUCCAGUUGCAAAAGAGCACAUUGUGCAUCUUUAGAUUUGAAGAUGUGAUCUUUAACCUUUAUCCCCAUAUGGCUUCUAUGAAGAGAAAAGGCAUGACUGUGAAAGAGAUAUUUAUCAAGAAUGAUCCAGCAAAGGAUAGCAUGAUUGGAUUGACUCAUACUAGUCUACCAUAGAACUUGACUGCAGGAAAUAUUGGAGGGCAGUUAGAUAUUACAUCUCAUAAAUCUCACUUUGACAAUUCAAAGAAAAACAUUCCUGCUAAGAGUGUAAUGAGUGGUCACUCUACUAAAAAGAGUGGAGAAAUGAUGCUCUCAGUUAACUUUAACUUGGGAAAUAACACGUCAGACAGCCAGCCAGCUCAGCAACAGUAUGACAUCCCAACCCUAAAGAGACUUAACCCAGAACUCUACAAGGAGUACGCUAAGUCUUAACGCCAAGUCAUGGACCCUGCCUUCUUAAGUGUAAAGAACUUGAAGGAGAGAUACAGCUACCAUGAGAUGAGGUUGCAGAGAAUACAAAAGCGCACUGAAGAGGUUGCUAAGGAACUUGAGUUGAAGAACGAAGAGCAAAUAAUGAAGACUAGGAAGAAGAACAUCAAGGGAGCCAACGGAGGAGGGGAUGCUGCUAAUUGA